AUGCCCUUUCGCGCCUUCCGUGCUGGGCUCUGCCUGGCGUUGGCGCCAUCAUGGCUUCGCCCAUGGGCAGGCUUCAGUUCGGUGCGCCGGGCCACCAACAAGCGGCUCCAAAAGCCUGGUACUCAUGUGGGGCCGCGAGCUGCCCCUUCGACAGUGGCCGCUAACGCCUUCAAGGGCUUUGGCGAAGUUCCACCGAAGACAAGUCCGAAGCAAAAGGCGGCCCCAGCGCCUAAAGGUUGCCGCUCGGUGCUGGUCUCCGGCCAGGAUGACAGCCAGUGGCAGGUGCUAAUCGGCAAGAGUGCUGCAGACAACGACCGCCUGUCACUGGAGCAUGGAAGAGACGACGAGGUGUGGAUGCAUGCUGCCCACGUCCCGGGCUCCCAUGUCGUGAUCCGAGCGGUUUCUGCCCAGGGACGUCCUCCGAAGGAUGUGAUUUCGAAGGCCGCAUCGCUGUGUGCCUUCUACUCCAAGUCCAAGGUUGAAACCUCCGUCGAGGUGCACGUGACCACCUGCGGGAAGGUGAGCAAGAUUCCCGGAGCGCCUCCUGGCCAGGUCAUGCUGCUGCCUGGCUGGGCUUCGGUCAAAGCUACUCCCCGAAGCGCCGAAGCUGUUCGAGACGUGAAAGGAUAG